AUGGAGAUAACCGAGAGAAAUUCAAUCGGUGGACCUUCAACGAAGUUGGGCUUCGAUAAGUCAAAGGCUAUUUAUCAUCGCAAUAGGGAAGAGCCACCGAGAAUGAAGCAAAUUGAAGAAACUCCUAAGGAAAAGUCAAGAGCCCUAGCAGUAAUUCAUGAUGACAAAGGCUUCGAUUGGAGUGAGUUUUUACCAAAAGAGGAUGCUGAAGGUUAUGCGUUCAUGGCAAAAGUGGAACCAUACAAAGAUACACGAACUGAAGAGCAGAAAUACAACUAUCGGAAGUUAAUAGCUCAAACCAUGAAGGAUAGAAACUAUCGAGCUUGGAAAGAGGCCAAAAAGAGGAUGAACAAAAAGAGAGAGAGAGAGAGAGAUCAAGCAAAGAAAGCUGAAGAGGAAGAGCUAAAGUCAAGGAAAGUCGACGAUGGGAUAAUCGACACAACAAAAGAAAUGACUGCAGAGAACCUGACAAAGAUGGCAGACAAAGUGCUGAUGGCAAAGGAACUAGAGGUAGAUUCCAAAUCUGCGUCUGAGUCAACAAACAAGGUCAGUUGUAGUGGUUCAACAAAUAAAUUAGGUAAGACUGAUAAGGCUAAAAAGGAAAGUGAUUGCAAAAAUUGCAUGAAAGAAUGCAAGGUUUGUAUCACAAAUGCAUAUCUCACAGUCAAAAAGACUGAAGUACUGACUACAAAAGUCAAAAUGGUUGAAGAUCAAAUCUUAAGUCGAGAUAAACUGAAAGAAAAUGAGAAGUUAAUUCAUGAAAACAGACAACAUUCUGAAAACCAUGAAAAGCUGAAAGAACAAUUAAAGAUUCUGAUGAAAGAAAUGGAAGCUAAGAUUGAAAAUGAAAUAAUUAAUCUGAAACUGAAUAGUUACAGCUCUGCAAGCUUUGUUCUUCAACACAUAGUUCCCAAACCAAUUGGGAAGAACAAAGCUGGUGAAGAUGUAUACUCAGAUGGAACCGGGGUGGAAACAAUCGAUGUCACAUUCACUUCAUCGUCUGAUGAAGACAAUGUUCAGUCUGAAGUCGUAAAAAAUGUGGUUGAAAAUGUUUUAAAAUCAGACAGUGACUCGACUGAAGAUGAAGAAUGUUUCUUAAACAACUACAUUCCGAAAUCAAAAUCCCAAAACAACUCAAAUGAUGAACCUACUCUUGUCUUGUACAAGAUGUCUGGUUCUGAUAAGUUGUAUUCAGAUAUUGACUUUCCACUUGAGAAUGUGAAUGUUGACAAGUUGAAGAAAGUUUUCAAAUUGGUUGAAAUUGACGUUUCUGAAGUUGAGGCCUCUUCGCAGCAAACUUGGAAGCCAAAAUCUGAGGAUAAGACAACAAGUUCUCCAAAUUCAAAGGUCUCUGAGUCUGCAAAACAAUCAUCUUCAACUAAGAAGAUGAAUGUAUCUUUGGAUUUCUACGAGAAACUUGAGAAACAAACUUCGACCCCACCAGGGAAGAAGUAUGUUCUGAAGAAAGACCAAUCAUCUGGUCAACCUCCAGAAAAGGAAUUCUUUUUGUAUAAAGAGGUGGAGAUUGGGUCUGAAGAAAGUCUUAAGAUGAAUGAUAAGAAUUUCCCACCAUUGUACACCGCAACAACUCACAUCAACGUCAAGCUACCAGAGUGGAAAGAGGCUUGGGUUGCUUCAAAAUCUAACUGA